GCAUUAUUCCUUCUCCGUGUCUCUGCCUUUGUUGUUUUAUAUUUACGUUGUUUACUCCCGAAUAUGUGAUAAAUAAACAACCCGCGGCGGAUUCUCGGUGUUCGGUUUGGCGCGGACGUUAAAAAGUGUUUAGAAAACUUUCCCGGGGUUUCUAUGGAAGCGCGCUAACGAUAGCGAGCUAGCUAACGUUACCGGAGCUAACUUUAGCUAGCAGCUAGCUGUGUGUGUGUUUGUUUGUUAUUGUUGUUGUUUUGUUUGUAAACAAGUUUAAAAGGUAAAAGCCUGAGCUCAUUCACCGCCAUGACGUCUGCUUCCGCCAAGGUCGGGGAGAUCUUCUCGGCAGCAGGAGCCGCCUUCACCAAGCUGGGAGAGCUGACCAUGCAGCUGCACCCGGUGUCGGACUCCAGCCCCGCAGGAGCCAAGUGGACGGAGACGGAGAUCGAGAUGUUGCGUUUGGCGGUGCGUCGCUUCGGAGACGACCUCAACAACAUCAGCACGGUGAUCAAAGAGCGCACGGUAUGUGACCCUCAGCGCUCUCAACGACUCGGACGUGAACAGCGACCUGGUCGACAUCGAAGGACUCGACUCCAACAAGAAACUGAACUUCGACCAAGAGAGCCUGAACCUGGACUCCAGCCUCAUCAUGAACUCCAGUGACCUCCCCCUCCUGUCCCGCUGACCUUCGACCUCUGCAGAAACGCCCAGAGGAGCUCUCCUGACGCGCUUCAGCUUUCUUAUCAUUCACUGACGUGUUUUUAGGUUUUAGUUUUAGUUUUCUACGUCCCGUGUCGUUAUCAUGAAGAAUAACCGGCGUCGACCUCGUAGAGACGCUUUAACACGAAGGAGCUUCCUCAGCCGGCUCAAUCCUCUUUAAACGGUCUGUCUGCCGGAUUAUUAGUCAACACCUUUCUAUUAAAGUGUCUCAGAGCUACGGAAGCUUACUGCUGCCAAACAGGAAAAGAAAAAGAAAUCGGUAUCAAAAUAUAUCGUAAACAGUUUGUUGUUAUAACGGGAUAUUUUUAUGUUAUUGCGACGUUCAAACUAAUUAUAAUUCCGACAUGUUCUGUCUGUUAUCUUGUUCUAACAGUAACGUUUUAACGUUGAUCAGACGCAGGUUAAUAUUAUUUUGUGCGAAAAUGUGAAAUAUUGGAAGAUGCUGUAAUCUAUAAACAAUAAUAAUCUGACGUAACGUUCCCUAAUAAUCAAUAAUCGUAAUAAUAAUAAUCAUGAUUAAACCUCCAGCCGUCGGACAUCAGAGCUCAAAUCACAUUCAUAAUAAUUCACUGUAAAUCAUGGUUCAUAGAGUUACUAUGGUAACAGAUGUACCAUAGUAACUCGCUCACUGCUGUCUGUCUGUCUGUCUGUCAACAGUGAGAAACACCUCGCUGACUGACCAACAGUUUCUACGAGGGGUCAGAUUCAGUAGGAGGAAACCAUAAAAGUAAUGUAACUAAUUGUUUUUAGGAUUACUUGCCCCCAGAUACCGACAGGAACCGCUCAUAAUUCAGCUGCUACAGUCCCGGAUACGUCGGUGAAACGGUUCAGAUCUUUCUUGUUUCAUUCAGAGUUUCUGAGCAGCUCGAAGUUUCCAGGAAGUUCUCUGGAAACGUUAAAGAAGUUUACGGGACGAAUGCUGAACUCGAGGGACAAGUUAUCUAAUCUGUCUGUCAUUGUGAAUAAAUCUGCAACCAGUGGGUCUGACUGCCCGUCUGUGGCUCUGAGCUUUAAACACAACUGUGUUUGUUUGGGACUAUUUCCAGCGGCGGAUGAAUCCUCAUUUGGUGCAGCAGCAGGACGGUGAGGAGAUCCAGCCGGUUGCUUUCAGUCUGAAUCUGUAGCAGACUGAUUAUUGAUCAUGAUGGUAGAAAAUCUGCUGAUUGAACAUUUUAUGAGUCAGUGACGUAAAAACAGUUUUCAUUUCGUUAAAUAAAAAAAACCUGAGAACA